AUGACUACGAUCCAACGGUUCAAACGUAUAGAACCCGGAAAUCGCAUACUAGGCGAGAUCCGUUCAGGGACUGACUGUGGUCUCCACCCUGAUGCUCACGCGCCGCCACACGAGCUGGCAGCGCUGGUUGCUCGAAGCGAUAACGCUUCGCCGGAAAAUCUCAACAUCUCAGCUCAAGACUCCUAUCCUACUAGAAAACCAUACCUCACUCGUCCGAUUUGGUGGCCGGACGACGGAGAACGAAAGCUUGGAAGUUCUGUCAAAAACUGUCCAGCGCCGCCUGUUUCGUGGCUGUUUCCGACAACUAUAGCGGCAGAUCGUGGCGGCGAAGGGCUGGGGUUGGAAGAGGGAAGUUUCGUGGUUCAUUUGGCACUGGUAUUGCCUGAAUCGGGGGUCGGAGCUGAGAGGAAUCAGCUCAGAAAGUCGGCUCGUUCCCCCUCCCGAAUCCAGAAGAUUCUGGGUUAA